AUGACUUCACCGGCUUCGCCCCGUCUGCCCAGCCCGCCACCAAUUCCAGAGGACCAGGUGUCGCCGGUGUCGGCCUCUCCAGAGCAGCAGAAGCUGUUUAGUAACCUUGACCAUGCCGCCGAGAGGAGGAUACGACCAGGAACAAAGGCAGUGGAUAUGGCAAAAGGUCCUCCGCUGAUCGAUUCCGCCUUCCAACUCACCGAAUACCUCAAAGCACUCCACCACUCCCUCACGCACCCAACGGAUCCGAGAAUCCUUGUACCAGUAGACAAGCAAAUGGCUUUCAAGAUUGCACAUGCACCCGAGAAUGUAGACAAGACACUAUGGCUGUACGAACUGUGCCGCUUCCUCAUACAAGAGGCCAACUCCAUCUUUCUCGGCCUCCUCAAGGAUAAACCACCAUGCUCUGUUAUGACAUGCCCCGAGAUGCGCGCCUCCGAAUGGCAGUAUCUCUGCGCAGUUCACGAUCCCCCAAAGUCAUGUUGCGCCUUCGACUACUGCUCCCACACGCUGGACUGGGCGGGUAAUAUUCUUACAUCACCCAAGCAUUUCCCUUCGAGACUUGCUCUGGGAACCGAUUCAUCUACACAGCAUUCGCAGACGCGCCAACUAACUAAUAUCUUUAGGCGCGUGUAUAGGAUCUUUGCACAUGCAUGGUACUCACACCGCGACGUUUUCUGGAAGAUUGAGGGAAAAACAGGGCUAUAUGUCUUGUACAAGACAGUCUGCGAUGUAUAUAGUCUGGUGCCAGAAGACAACUACACUAUUCCUCCAGAGGCCGAGGGUAUCGAUUCAAGCGCUGAGCCAACGCCGGCCCCACCUGUGAUCAUGAAGCGAGAGCCCUCAAAUCCAGGACCACAGCGCUCUGAUAACCCUGCCGAGAACAUGUCCGACAACUCACUAUCAACAGCCGGCACAACGAAGCGACAUAGACAUUCGCCUUCGGUAGGACCGACAGCUGUACACACGGUAGUGGAAGAAAACGAAGAUGAGGAGGAGGGCCCGGUUCUACAAUCACGGCCUGUAACGCAAAUCUUUGAUACAACACCAGAGGACGAAGCUGGAGAGGGAGAUAGCGAUGGAGAUGUCACAGCGUUUGAAGAUGAGGGAGACGAAGAGGAAGAUGCUGAGGAAGAAAACGAGGCCGAGGCUGAAUCUGCCGAAGAUGCGACAGCGUCAGAAGACAAGGACGGCAAGCUUGAGCCGGCAAAGCAAAACACAAGCGAGGAGACGGUCGAUCCUGCCCCCAAGCCAGACGAGGAGCCGGGUGGGGGUACAGCCACAGCCACAGAGCCAGCAAGCGCCGAAACUACCACGGCAGAGGUCUCCAAUGAAGAGCCUGUGGGAGAACAAGCUACCCAAGAAGAGGCGACUGCUGUCAAGGACGCUGACAAGCCAACUACUGUCGAGGCAGAGGAAGAAGAGAAGCCUGAGUCUGCUGUUAAGCCAGCGGACAAGGACAACGAGGCCGAAACCAGAGCGGCUGAUGCUUAGGAAGCCAUUAAUGCCGGUGGUGAUGAGUAGGGCUAUUACUAUGCAUGUACUUCAAACCUGGUAUGAGGUGCUGGAUCCAGUGUUGUGGAUACCGAGGCAUGGCUAGCUUGGGUUUCUGUGUCACUUUGCAGGCCUAUGAGCGGGGGUUAUGACGGGAUAAUGGGAAUUCGCAUGGAUAAUUGACGUGGAGGCUGGCAAGUUGUUUGCCAUGUGUUGCUCCAACGACGGGUUGUAAAAGCCCAACAAAUGGCGUCUGUGUCGCUCCCGCGGGCGUUUAUCUCUAGCAACGAAAAGCGAGGGGAUUAUAGACCAGGAUAGGGCCUUGUGCAGAUUACCGGAGAUGCAGAAAUGUGCAGCUUUGAAACUUGGUACUGUAAAGGAAUAAAAAGCAAUAUCCC